AGAGUCUCCAGACCCAAGUGACGGUGCGUUUCCUUCGCCACUUCGACCCUCUAGAAACAUCGAAACAUGGAAUUCGCGCCCACAUUUUAGUUUUUACUCCCCCAAAAGCCAAAAGUCGAAUUCAAAUUUCUGGAUCUCCUUUCGUUUGCGGUUCUUCAACUCCGGGAAAUCAUGGCUAGGGUUCCCAGCAAGCAUAAUCGUGAUCAAGCGCCGAUGAGUCAGAAUUGCAGAAACUGAUCAUAUGUUUAACGCACAACUUCCUGCAUUUCUCUUGAUUUCCGUUGGCGUUUCCUUACCUCAGGAUUUCCAGGGAUUUUUGAACGACUUGCAAGACUGGGAGCUUUCGCUAAAGGAGAAAGACAAGAAAUUGAAAGGUCAAGCUCAGGGACAGAAAAAAGCGGUGUCUUCAUCUCGGGAUACUGGAAAGUUUGGUGGAGAUAAAGAGCUCUCAAACAAAAUCUUACCAGCUGAUUAUUCGAUAAAAAAUGCACACGGAUAUGAUUUCGCAAGAAACUUUGGUGCAAUGAGCCAUAUGUCAAGUGGCUUUUUGGAUGAAGAAAAUUCUCCAGAUGCAGCUUCAGAGAAGGAAUUGGGAAAUGAGUAUUUCAAGCAGAAGAAAUUCAAAGAAGCAAUUGAUUGCUAUUCGAGAAGCAUUGCAUUCUCACCUACGGCAGUGGCUUUUGCAAACAGAGCCAUGGCCUGCCUCAAAAUCAAAAGAUUUGAGGAGGCUGAGAAUGACUGUACAGAAGCCUUAAAUCUAGAUGAUCGCUAUGUAAAAGCAUAUUCACGGCGUGCAACAGCCCGAAAAGAACUUGGGAAGUAUAAAGCAUCCAUGGAAGAUUCUGAAUUUGCACUGAGGCUGGAACCCCAAAACCAAGAGCUAAAAAAGCAAUAUAAUGAGGCAAAAGGAUUGUAUGAGAAGGAGAUUCUCACAAAGGCCUCUAAAGUGGUGAAAAACUCCAUUCAAAGGGCACCGCAAGUUGAAUUCAAAGGUGAUCUUCGGAGUGGUCAUUUGGUCUCUAAUACCUCUCCAAAGAUUGAAUUGGAUCACAACAAGGAGAACAAUGUGAAAGCUUGGGAUAUAACUAUGAGGAAUGGAAGCAGCAGUGGGGGACAAGAACCUGAUGGAUCUCUAGAACAUGUCACCCUGAGUUCCACAGCAGGCAAUUCAAAGAGAAGUGCUAUUGGUCCUAAGCAACAACAGUUCAGGAUGUCAGUGCAAGAACUUGCUUCAAGAGCUGCUUCUCGAGCCAUGGCUGGAGCUGCCGAAAACAUUACACCACCAAAGUCAGCUUAUCAGUUUGAGGUUUCGUGGAGAGGGCUAUGUGGUGAUCGUGCACUACAGGCUCGUUUGUUGAAGGCUAUAUCACCAAUGACCUUGCCACAAUUGUUCAAAAACUCGCUGUCUGCUCCGAUACUGAUUGAUAUCAUUAGGUGUAUAGCCACCUUUUUCGUGGACGAAACUGAGCUUGCAGUCCAAUUUUUAGAUAACUUGACCAAAGUCGCUCGAUUUGACAUGAUCAUCAUGUGUCUCUCUGCCUCAGACAGGGCUGAUUUGCAGAAGAUAUGGGAUGAAGUAUUCUCUACUGAUGGGGAGUAUGCUGAGAUCCUCAGAAAACUACAAUUGAAGUACUGCUCUGGAGAUGGCAUGUUGAGACCAAUGGCUUAGCGAAAGAAUCAUCAAUUCAUCAAAGGUUUCCUCCCUCUAAACAUUCCUCUCCAUAACAAUCAGGCAAUAUGCUGAUAUGCUCCACCUCUCUUGCUUCUUUCCUUGGGAACCUUUUUUUCUCCCUUAUGUUCAAUAUUUAGGUCCUCUGUAUAUAUUCUUAUGUUUUUUUGGAUAAUUACAUGUGUGUAUGGUCUGUUGUGGGGAGGAGAUAGUGGGAAAAAGGAACACUAACGGGGUUAUAAAGAAAAAAGGGCGGGGGGGGGGGGGGGGGGGGGGGGGGGUGUGGGGAACCAAGCUAUUCCAGAGGAGGAUUCCUAUGUUUUUAGCUUUCUCGGAAAGCUGGUUCUUUUUCUAAUCCAUAAAGCAUAGCCCUCUGAUAUAUAGCAAGUAUUACAUUUUAAGGUAGUUUGGUACCUACCUCUGUCUCUACGUGUUUGACAUUCCCGAAGAUUCACAAUUUCUUUUUAGCCAUAUAUAUAUAUAUAUAUAUUGAAUCA